GUAAAAAGCGUUCCCGCUGUGACAUACGUUCUGAAAAAUUACGCGAUUGGAAACGCGAACGACGACUUCGAAAAGCGUUGAGCUAAUGUUUCAAGUUUAAGUUUGGAUGCAGUUGUCCUCUUAGUCAAAUUAUUUAGUGAAAAAUGUCUAAAACCGAGGAAGAAAAAACUGUUGAGAUUAUAAAAUCAACCGAAGAGGUGGCCGAUAAGAUUUUGAUGAACAAGCAAGAGUUGGUGGAGCUGGAUAAACGAAGACAGCAAACACGCGAAGCGAUACGUGAGCUCGAAAAGCAUGCAGCCAAAGAUGAGAAGAAAGUAUGGAUAACGGUGGGCAGCAUGCUUGUAAAGAUGGAACGUGAAAAGGCUUUGAAGCUAUUGAAAAAUGAUCAAAUGCAAAUUGAACGCGAAAUUAAUAUCAUCACCUCGGAUCAAAAAAUUCUGGUGAACAAGCAUCGUGACUUGGAGCAUUUUUCGCCUUAUACAGGAACACAGCUCAAAGCGCUCGAUCGCAAAGAGUUUGCAGCGCUUAAGGCAAAUCUGCCGCUUUUGUAACGAAAUACGAAAGUUAAAAAAGUGAUUUGUAUUUAUUUAUGUGAAUAAGUAAUGCUGAAAAUAAUAUUAAACUUAGAAUAUAUUGAAUAAGGGUUAACAAAAGAAA